GCAAACUCAGAGCCGCAGAAGCGCAGACCCGAGAAAUCGUGGCCCAAGGCCAAGGCUGACACAGGACCGCCACUCCUAACCCCUCCCCUUGCCUGAGCCUCUGGAAAGCUGACUGCAAGCAAAUUGCUGGAGGCAGAAAUGGCUGCCCGCGGCCGAGGUCUCAUCAGGGCCUUGCACUCCUCUCCCUGCCCUGCUUGGAAACGAGCUCAGUCGGGAGCCAACGGGCGCCUGAAGCCCGAGUACGAUGCCGUGGUGAUAGGAGCAGGACACAACGGGCUGGUGGCUGCAGCGUACCUCCAGAGGCUGGGGGUGAACACCGCAGUCUUUGAGAGGCGCCAUGUGAUCGGGGGUGCAGCUGUUACUGAGGAGAUCAUUCCUGGAUUCAAGUUCUCUCGAGCAUCCUAUCUCCUCAGCCUACUGAGGCCACAAAUUUACACAGACCUGGAGCUGAAGAAACAUGGGCUGAAACUUCAUCUGAGAAAUCCCUACUCCUUCACUCCCAUGCUGGAAGAGGGUACACUGAGCAAGCUGCCCAGGUCCCUUCUGCUGGGCACAGACAUGGCUGAAAACCAGAAGCAAAUCUCUCAGUUCUCACGGAAGGAUGCCCAGGCCUUUCCUAGAUACGAGGAGUUCAUGAAACGCUUGGUGCUAGCCAUUGACCCCCUGCUGGAUGCAGCUCCAGUGGACAUAGCAGCCUUCCAACAUGGCUCCCUGCUGCAGAGGCUCAGGGCACUGUCCACCCUGAGGCCCCUGCUGAAGGCAGGGCACACCCUGGGAGCCCAGCUCCCCCAGUACUACGAAGUCCUAACAGCCCCUAUUUCCAAGGUGCUGGACCAAUGGUUUGAGUCUGAGCCUCUGAAGGCAACUCUGGCAACAGACGCUGUGAUUGGAGCAAUGACGAGUCCUUACACUCCGGGGAGUGGGUAUGUGCUGCUGCAUCAUGUGAUGGGCAGCCUGGAGGGGAUGCAGGGCGCCUGGAGCUACGUCCAGGGUGGCAUGGGUGCCCUCUCUGAUGCCAUUGCAAGCUCAGCUACUACACAUGGAGCAAGUAUCUUCACAGAAAAGACUGUGGCUAAGGUGCAGGUGAACAGUGAAGGCCGUGUUCAAGGCGUCACACUGCAGGAUGGAGUGGAGAUCAGGAGCAGAGUCGUCUUGUCCUGUGCAUCACCACAGGUCACCUUCUUAGAGCUAACACCACAGGAGUGGCUUCCUGGGGCCUUUGUGAAGAGAAUCUCCCAGCUGGACACCCAGUCUCCUGUCACCAAGAUCAAUGUGGCUGUGGACAGGCUACCAAACUUCCAGGCAGCCCCCAGUGCUCCCAGGGACCAGCCCCAAGCUCAUCAUCAGUGUUCCAUCCACCUGAACUGCGAAGACACCCUGCUUCUCCACCAGGCCUUUGAGGACGCCAAGGGCGGCCUGCCUUCCCAAAGGCCUAUGAUUGAACUCUGCAUCCCUUCAUCACUGGACCCCACUCUGGCUCCACCAGGCUGCCAUGUUGUCUCCCUCUUCACUCAGUAUACACCCUACACCCUGGCAGGAGGCAAGGUCUGGGAUGAGCAGGAGAAAGACACCUAUGCAGACAAAGUGUUUGACUGUAUCGAGGCCUAUGCCCCCGGCUUCAAGAGAUCUGUGCUGGCCAGAGAUAUCCUCACCCCGCGGGACCUAGAGAGAAUCUUUGGGCUUCCUGGAGGGAACAUAUUCCAUGGUGCCAUGUCCCUGGACCAGCUCUACUUUGCCCGUCCGGUGCCCCAACACUCUGACUAUAGAUGCCCUGUGCAGGGCCUGUACCUCUGUGGAAGUGGAGCCCAUCCUGGAGGAGGCGUCAUGGGAGCGGCUGGACGGAAUGCAGCCCACGUAGUCUUUAAGGACCUCAAGAACAUGUGAUGCCAGACCAGCGCUGACCCUGGAGAGAAAAGUUUCCCCUGCAUGUUGAGCCGCCCAGCAGGCCAUCUGCCCAAGAUACCCUGCUCCCAAGGAUACCACUGGACAUAACUGUACUAGCAAGGUGCCAUUGUUUCUUAAUCAGGGACUCAGUUACAUUUAGCUCAAUCUCACCUGUGCCCCAGGCUUUAAUGGAUUAACUGGGUUUGUCUUGUUAAAAACAAUGUUUUUGUAUAGAGA